AUGCUGAUAACUCGACCCGAACUCGAUCGAGCUGGAACAAAACCUGAACCAGAACUCGAUCGAGCUGAAGAAACUGAGACACUGCAAGACAAACCAGAGCUCGAUCGAGCCCAGAAGAGAGCAGACAAAGCAAACUCCAGCCAACCAGCUAAACCUGUUGCAAGAAGAAAGACACUCCAGCAGGACCACCACCAUACAAGCCCCCUCUGCCCUUUCCAGGAAGAAAUUUCUGAAGGAUGCUGUUCAGCAAAGAACCAGGGAAGCACAAGGGAUGGUAGUGUUGACUCGCGAGUGCAGUGCAAUCAUUCAGCGGAAGGUCAUCUCCGACAAAAAGGAAGAUCCGGGGAGUUUCACUUUGCCCUGCAUGUUGGACCCCUAUCUUUCAAAAACAGUCUCUGCGAUCUAGGAUCAUCUGUCAGCCUCAUGCCUUUGUCUGUAGCGAAGAGACUGGGAUAUCACAAGUACCAAGCCUGCGGAAUCUCACUAGUCUUGGCAGAUAGAUCGAUAAGGUUACCAACUGGGAUGCUUGAAGACCUGCCUUUGAGGAUAGGGAAUGUGGAGAUCCCCACAGACUUCAUUGUGCUUGAGAUGGAUGAGGAACCAACAGAUCCAUUGAUUCUAGGAAGGCCAUUCCUAGCUACAGCAAGAGCAAUGAUAGAUGUCUGUGAAGGAACAAUUGAGUUAAACUUGGGAAAGGACCUGAAGAUGAAGUUUGAUAUCAAAAGAUACAAUGAGGAAACCAACUAUAGAAGGCCAGUUUGCGAAGUCAUGGCAGUGAGCUCGAUCAAGAACUCGAUCGAGUCGAGUUUCGAACAAACGAACUCGAUCGAGCUGGGGGCUGAGAGCAAGGAGCAAGCUCAAGGAGAUUGGUCUGAGCUUAAGGCGCCUAAAGUCGACCUCAAACCUUUGCCUGAGGGCCUCAGGUAUGCAUUUCUGGGUGAAAACUCAACUUACCCUGUCAUUGUGAACUCUGAUUUGGAACCUGAACAGUUGAGUGCUUUGCUUGUUGAAUUGAGAAAGUACAGAAAGGCAAUAGGUUACACUCUAGAUGAUAUCAAGGGGAUCUCCCCUGACCUAUUGAUGGUGAAUGUUUUGCGUGUGUGUGAUAUGAAUGAAGUGAAGGAUGAUAAGAUAUGA